AUGGCACCUGUCGUUUAUCUCGUCUCCGGAGCUAACCGCGGCAUUGGUUUGGGUAUCGUCGCCGCUCUGGUGGCUCGCGACGACGUCGCGGUCUUCGCCGGCGUGCGCGACCUAUCAUCCGCGGACGCGCUCAAAGAUCUGGGAGCACAACAUCCCGGGAAACUGCACGUCGUGCAGCUCGUUUCUGCCGACAAGCCGAACAACGAGCGCGCCAUUAGUGAGAUCAAGGACAAACACCGCGGAUCCCACAUCAUAUCCUCCAUAGCGGGGAGCAUCGCGAGGGGAACCGAGGUCCCCUUAGGUUUCCUCCCGUACGGAAUGUCGAACGCCGCCGUCAACUACCUCUCGAAGAGAUUACACGUCGAGUACGCCAGCGACGGGCUAGUGUCCUUCUCCAUCGCACCUGGUCCCGUCAUGACAGACCUGUUCACUGGUGCUGGGGCCCUCAUCGAUUCCAAAUCGGUUUCGCCUGAUGUCCUAUCCGCAGACGAGGUGGGACGACGGAUCGCUAAGCUGGUCGAAGAAGCGAAGCGCGACGAUGCUGGCGGGCAGUUUCUGGAUCAUAGCGGCAAGAAAUGCCAGUGGUGA